UGAAGACACCACUGGAACUGCUUGCAUCCAGUGAUACUAUUGGAAAAGACCAACUUAGCUCAUCAAGGCAUUAUUCAGAGGCAUUUGAUCCAGAACAUGGAAUGGAUACUGGUGCAAACCCCCAUUCUUCAAGAGAUCGCCUAGGCCACUUAAGCAAGGAUAGGUCAGGUCAAAGAGAACUUUUGGACCUACAGACAUAUGCAUCAACUUCCAAGAUUGAUUAUGAGACAGGGCCAUCAUCAAGAGAGUGGAUAAUGGAGGAAAAAGUGCAUCAAGGUCUACAUUCCAAUACAAUGGCUCGGGCUAGAAAGACCUAUUCUGGCUUAGAUGAUACACUUCCAAGACAACAUAAAGAUAAUUGGGGUCAGUGUCUUGCCAACCAAGAUGUAAAUAGAGACUCUUCUCGGAAAGGUCACAUCCAAUGCUCUGGUCAAACAGCAAUUGUGUCAAAUCAUGGACGAAACCAAGGACUGUAUGACAUGGAUCACUUUCCUACCAGGGGUACUCAAAAACAAGCUCCAAUGAAGUACAUAGGCAUAGCACAGCCCUGCCCUCGGCCGGCUGGUAAAGAUUGUUUGACAAAAAAGACCGAUCCUUCAAAGUACAUGAUGACUUCAAGAAGUGGAGAAUUUGGUACACUUGCAACAGCAGGGCUGCCAGCUAGGAGAGGAUCAGCUUCAAUGGAGAGCCUGAAUCAGUCUCAGGGAAACCCUUCCAUGCAGAGGCAUUCCCUUGAAUAUCACAGUCAGUACUUUCAAAGACCUGAUGAUCAUCAAUAUUCUGAAAGACAACAGACUGCACACAGUAGGAGUGAUUACAGAGGAAUGGACAUGGCAAUGCUUCAAGGGAAAGGGUUGCUGCAGGGACAGCAAGACUCAUCAUACCAGUAUCAAACAGGGAAUGCCUUCCCUGAUGCAAUAGGAGGUCAAUUGAGCACUGAGGAUAUGUACACUGAUGGCACAACCAAGAAAAGAAGAUUGACAUAUGAGAGGGUGCCAGGAUCUAAAGGAGGACAGACCAGACUAGCUUUUCGGUAGAUCACCAGGAUGUGAAAGUCACUUUGAUACCUCAACAAGAGCAGCCAAGUCUUGCUGAUUGUCAGGGAAGAUCUUAGGAUAUCUACACUGAUUGCUUUAUCAAUAGAAGAAGACUCGGUAUUUGGAGUUCCAGGAUCUGAAGGAAGACAUUAAUUGCUGUCAGGUAGAAAUAGCAUGUGAAAAUCACUUUGAUACCUCAACCAGAGCAACUGGUUAUUGGGGAUCAUCAAACACUGCCUGAUAUUCAACGAUUUCAGGGUAACAAAACAUGCAGAAUGUUAAACUGGUUGCUUACUGGAACCAAAUAGUCCCUCUACAAAGCAUAUGAAAUUUGUUAAUUGGCUGUUACAGGGUUAUAAUAUCUCCUUGAUUCCUAAAUGGAGAUUUAUCUAAAAUUUAUUUCCAAAAUGUAAUUGUUGAAAUUGGCAGUGCAGUUCUGUCUCAAAGCAAUUCGUAUUUUAUCUUGUCUAAGCGAGGGAGCUUGGAUCGACCUGCUGCCAAUAGUAUAGGGGGAGGGGAAAACUGCAAGAACUUUGUGUGUGUGAAAGGUAACAAGAUAAUAUGAUACAUUUUGCUGUAAAAGAUACAUGUAAAUUACCUGUAUACAAUAAAGAAUGUUUUUAAUGAUGAAAAGAUCAUUUCUUAUGUUUUCUGUAUAAACCACAGUAUGUUUGAGCUUGGAGCCAUUUCAUAAAGCUUUUAGAAAGUUAUUAAGUUAUUAUUAAGUGAAUAAAACUUUAUUCACGACAGGUAAACCCUUAUUAGCUACAUUGUAGAUAAGAUACACCAAAUUUCCUGUUUCAUCCUAAUAAAAGUGCACUUUACAUGUCAAUAAAAAUGUGAAAAAUAUUGAAUUGUCCACUCAGAUAAUUUCAAUCUACAAAAUUAAUUUUCCAGCUUAAAUAAUCCUUUAGUAUUUGGUCAGACUGGUUUCACAAAGUAGUAUCUUGAUGAGUAUCAUUGAGAAGUUUUAUGAGAGGUACCAGUACAUGAGUUAGGUUGUCAUAGUUUUUUAUUCAUAUCUAUGCAAUGCAAAGAAAAAUUAAGUGUCUAAUAAGGUAAAUCGAAAAUAACUUGUCAGAUAUAAUAUUAUUGUUGGUAUUUUUUAAAAUAUUAAAAAUGUACAUUUAUUCAAUUAAUUAUAACUGCUGGUGUUAUUCAUCUUCUUACCCAAUGAAAAUUCACUACUCUUGCUUUGUUAUGAACUGUAAUGCAUCUCAUGUAUAUUAUGGGUAGUUGGUUAUCAAAGCAUCAAAGAACUAUCAUUUUCAAUUCAAUUGUUUUAUUUGGAUUCAGCGUUUUCAUCAUCGAAUCAUCAAAUAUAUAUUGCAGUCUGGCAUGUUACACAAUGCCAAGAUACACUACCUCAUAUUGAUUACCACUGUUAGACCAGGAUCCAGCGGUAUAAUAGUUCCUAUUAAGGUAAUGUUGUCAUCCAAUUGUAACUACUAUGGCAAAAGCCAAUCAGAAUCAAGGAUGCAGAUACCAUUUGGAUGGCAAAGUUACUAAAAUAACAUUAUUGUUAUUAACAAUUGUCAAUGCAUGCAUUAUUAGUAAGCAAGAUUAUUGUAACAGUUUACUGUAGUGUCUCCCCUCGUCUCAAUUCGGGCAUCUUCAGCGAGUACAGAACGCAUGUGAAUGCAUUUGUACUCUAUCUAGAUUUUCAAGGAUCACCCAUCUUAAUAGAUCUGCACUGGCUUCCAGUUCGCCAAAGAAUAUCUUUUAAGACUUUGUUAAUCGUAUACAAGGUACUAAGUGGCCAAGCCCCCAGCUAUGUAUUUCUGAGCUUUUACAAAAAAAGUUCAAAGACACUCUCACAACCUGUGUAGUUCUCAUGAUAAUUUGCUUCUUCACAUCCCCACUCAUAAUACAAAGAUAACUUUUAGAGAUCAUGCUUUUGCCAGUGCAGCCCCCAAAUUAUGGAAUGGUUUGCCAUAUGUAAUAAGAUCCUGUCCAUCAGUAGAAACAUUCAAACUUAAACUAAAAACCUGUCUGUUCUAAUAAUUCCCAUACAUUUCUUUUUCCCCUUUUGUGAAUUUAUUCUCAAGCA